UUCUCCAUCGCCAUCUUGCGGAGGGCACCGGGAAUAGUAUCCGGCGUUGUGUACUGUCGGGCCCGGUUCGGUAUGUCCACUCCUCCGCUCUCCGGAGGGGCAAUGGCAGGGCCUCCCGGGGGCUUCCCCGGUCCUCCACCCUCCACCGCGCCCCCGGGAGGUUAACACGGCGUCCCUGUGCCGGAUCGGACAGGAGACAGUGCAGGACAUCGUCUUCCGCACCAUGGAGAUCUUCCAGCUGCUGCGAAACAUGCAGCUGCCAAAUGGUGUUACAUAUCAUACAGGGACCUACCAGGACCGACUGGGGAAGUUACAAGAGCAUCUGCGACAGCUUUCAAUUCUGUUCCGCAAGUUGCGGUUGGUGUACGACAAAUGUAAUGAGAACUGCGCUGGACUGGACCCGGUUCCAAUAGAGCAACUGAUCCCCUACGUGGAAGAUGACUACUGGAAGAAUGAUGACCGUGGGCCAGCCAGUCAGCUGCGAUACGCAAGUGAGGAACGAAGGGAAAUCAUGGAAGUCAAUAAGAAAUUAAAACAAAAGAAUCAACAGUUGAAGCAAAUCAUGGAUCAGUUACGGAAUCUUAUCUGGGAUAUAAAUGCAAUGCUUGCAAUGAGAAACUAA